CUCAGCGUCCACUAGUGGCACUGUUACCAUGGAAAUCCCCAUCGCAGCAGCAGCAGCAGCCGCCUCGGUGGAGCGAGCAGAGCUGGAGGAGUGUGUUCAGCAUCAUGGACAGCAUCGUACCGGAGCAGCUGUUACGUCCCAGCAAACUAGAAAGUAUCGCAUGCUGAUUGUGAUCGGAGAGAUUUCCACCAGCCAUCAUCUCGACGCCGCCAGGAAACAGAUAACACAAGGUUUGCGUUCCUGGAACGUUGAUCUGACCGUUUGCGACCUGAACAAGGAGCUGCAGCUGUUCGAGACUCGACACACCGCUCAGUUUUCUUCACAGGUCAAAGGCCAGCGGAUUCUCCGGUAUCAGAGUGAUGUCCUGGAGACAGCGGUGUUGGUGAACCCAUCAGAGGAGACCGCCGCCUCAGAGAUCCGCUCUCUGAUCACGGACUUUGCUGGGAAUAAGUUGCUGAUACUGAGCGGCCAGAGCUCUGAGCAGGGAGGUGACGUCCUACUGCAAGGUGGAGCCUUCACCUGGCAACACUUCUCCGACAUCGUCUCCAACCCUCAAGUGAUUGAACUCCUGUCCAAGGCCUCUCCAGCGCAGCCGUCCAGGCUUACUGUUUCCUGUCAGGGAGACGGGGGCUGGAGCUCCCUGGGCCAAAGCCAGGAGCAGCAGUCGCUUCAAAAUCUUCUGGAAUACCGCCUGAACCCUGAACCUCACCUCCCCGACAUGGACGGAGUCACGGAGUUCACCGAGUAUGUCUCGGAGACGGUGGAUGUGCCGUCGUCCUUUGACCUCCUGGAGCCCCCGACCUCUGGAGGUUUUCUGAAGCUGUCCAAACCCUGCUGCUACAUCUUCCCUGGAGGCAGGGGAGACUCCGCUCUGUUCGCCGUCAACGGAUUCAACAUCCUGGUGGACGGAGGGUCUGAUCGUAAGUCUUGCUUCUGGAAACUGGUUCGCCACCUGGACAGGAUCGACUCUGUCCUGCUCACCCAUAUCGGUGCGGACAACCUCCCCGGCAUCAACGGGUUGUUCCAGAGAAAGAUUGCAGAGCAGGAAGAGGAGCGUAACCAAGGCUCUGGCUCCAGCAGCAACGGCGAAUGGAUGAAGAACCUGAUCUCUCCUGAGCUCGGGAUCGUGUUUUUCAACGUCCCGGAGAAGCUUCGGAUGCCGGAGUCCACGCUGAAAGUGAAGCGAAGCAUUGAGGAAGCGUCUCUUACGUUGCAGUACCUCAACAAGCUCGGUAUCACGCCAGAGCCUCUUCACAGGGUAGUCAGCAACACCAUUGAACCCAUCACACUGUUCCACAAACUUGGCGUUGGGAAGUUAGACAUGUAUGUCUUAAACCCUGUGAAAGAGAGCAAAGAGAUGCAGUUUCUUAUGCAGAAAUGGGCUGGAAACAGCAAAGCCAAGACGGGGAUAACGAUGGCCAAUGGAAAAGAAGGAGAAAUAUCUGUCCCCUAUUUGACAUCAGUUACCGCUCUCAUCGUUUGGAUUCCUCACCGUCCAACAGAGAAGAUAGUCCGGGUGCUCUUCCCUGGAAAUGCACCGCAGAAUAAAAUCUUCGAGGGCCUCGAGAAGCUGAAACAUCUGGACUUCCUGCGAUACCCAGUGGCUACCCAAAAAGACAUAUCAUCUGGUGUACCUCCUCCCAUCAUCAAACAGACUAAAAUGAGAUCAAGAACUGACAGCAAAGAGAGUCUCAAGUCUUCGCCCAAACCGCACUCCAAAACAACAAAGAAAGAAGCCAGCGGGCCGGAGGACGAGUCCAAGAGUGAACUCACUAAAGAGAAUAAAGUGGAAAAGAAGGAAGAGAAGAAACUCAAGAGUGAAAGUCUAAAAGCCACCAAACAACAGAAGAACAGCGAGGUGGCCCCCGUGGCAGGCAAGACCGAGAAAAAGAAAAUAUUGAAGGACAAAACCGUCAAGCACGAGAAGGCGUCCAAGAUGGAUGAAAAGAAAGACAAAGAGAAAAAAGAAAUUAAGAAAGAGAAAGUGAAGAAGGAUGAAAAUAUAAGAAAAGAAGAGAAAAAGGAAAGUAAAGCCAAGGAGGAUAAAAAGAAGGACCCGAGUAAACCGGAGCUGAGAAAAAUCACUAAACCUGACCUGAAGCCGCUCACCCCGGAAGUGAGGAAAACUCUGCAUAAGGCUAAGACUCAGGCUAAGCCCAAGACAGACAAGAAUAAAGCAGGUAAAGAGGAUGAGAAAAACAUGACAAAAGCACAUGAGAAGAAGCCAGUCCCAAAGAACAUCCCAGAGGAGAUCGCAGCAGCGGCUUUGGCUGACAGGUCCAUUGUGUCCUCACCAGAGGACCUCACUGAGGACUUUGAGGCUCUGAAACAGGAAGAGCAGUGUACAGUUAAGACUGAGCCGAUCCAGAACGAUGUGAUGUUUGGGCAUUCACUGUUCACAGAUACUAAACCCCCUUCCUUAGUUUUCCCUGAUGAGAAAGUCACAUCCCCAGCCACGGAGAUUAAAUCGGCUUCACCCAAAUCCCCUGUCAAACCGACAGAAGACAACAUAGACAAAGGCCCUCCAGCACACGCUGUAGCCACUGACAAGAAGGAAGCAAGAGAUGGCUUUGACAAGAAGAACGAAGAGGAGAAAAUGGAGAAAUAUGGCAAAUACUCUGCAAAGGACGACAUAAGAGACAGAUCAAAGAAGAGUGACAGCUCAGAGGAGGAGGGUGACGUCAUUGAAAAAGCCGACCUCGAAGGAACGGAAGAUGACGAGGUCCUGAAAUAUAAAACAGAGGAGGCGAAAAGAAAUGGAAAGGAGUGGGACAGCAAGCCGACCGAGGCGAAAUCUUUAUCAACCGCGGCCCUGUCUGGGCAAGUCGCAGCCUCCGCCUCGGAGCUGUUCUCCUUCAUCCAAGACGAGACCAUCCCCGGCUACUCCGAGACCGAGCAGACCAUCUCCGAUGAGGAGAUCCACGAGGAACCAGAAGACAGGAUCCCACAGCUGCGCUAUGACGUGGGCUCCUAUGACAUCUCAGUCCCUGACGUCCCCGGUACCUUUGACUCCAUGCACGGUAUAAAAGAGAUGAAGAGCUCCGCCGUGUCUGACAUCAAACCCAAAGCCUUCAUGGGAGGUCACGAGCAUGAGCUUGCACCGUACCCCGCCAUCAUUGCUGCUCCUCUGGCAGAGGAGGAGCACAUCUCCUCAGCGACAUCCAUCACGGAAUACGACAAGCUGUCGUCCUUUGCCACGUCGGUCGCCGAGGACCAGUCGAUAACCUCUGUGACGGCGCCUCAGACCGAGGAGGUUGGGAAGAACUCUCUCUUACUGGACACCAUGAACAGUAUCCCGUCACGCGCCGAGGCCGCCCUUGGGAAGGACUACCUCCACUCAGCGGGAACCAUCUCACCCACCUCCUCUCUGGAGGACGACAAGUGCUUUAAGUCUCCUUCCUCUGAUGAGUACCAGCCCAACGUUCCCGAGAUGGAGGGUGACGCAAAGAUCAAAUCAGUCCACGAAGAAGAAGACGACGAGGAAGACGAGGACGAGGACCAGACUCCGAACGUUGACAUCCCUCUGGGUAAACUCCAAGAGGGCUACGAACAGGCAGCCUUCAUGAUGCUCCAGGAGAAGCAGAAAUCUCCCUCUGCCACUUAUUCUCCUCCUCCUCCUCCUCUCUUCUCCAGCAUGCAGCACUCUCCCACACAGGCUGCCAAAGAAAACCUCUUCAGCUCAGAGGGAUUUAAAACUGGUGCUGAUAUAAAGCCGGUUUCACCCCCUUCAUCUUUCUCCCCUGGGUUAGAGUCCCACUCCAGGCAGGAGAGCGAGGAAAGAUGUCUAAGUCCAGAUGACAGCACCAUGAAACUGGCCUCACCCACACAGUCAGUGCCCACAAGCAGCGGCUACUCUCCGACCGAAGAGAAACCCUUCAAGACAGAAGAUGAAGCGGUGAUCGAUGUUAAAGCCGACACCCAGACAUCGCUCAUUAUCUCAGACUGCACCGCCUUUAUUGGAGGUGACAAGACAGCGUCUGAAGAGUCUGAAGAAUCCAAUGAGGAGGAAGAGGACUAUUACGGCAAAAAGGAUCUACAGCCCGCUGUGAAGGCCAAGCUUAUGGAGGCAAAAGAGGGGUGCUUCUUGGACGACGACUUCAGCUCUGAGGCAAAAUCUGCAAAGACAGAAACUGAAGUCAAGGGCUCGGACAAGACACAGGUGACUUUCAGCACAGAGGAGAAACCAAAACCUCAGGUGACGUCCUCAGAUGAAGAUGAAGAUGAAGAGGAAGAGGAAGAUGAAGAUGAAAAAGAUGAUUUCCCAAGUGGGGUAGAGUCUCAGCCCUCACCAAAAGAUCAAAGCAAAGCAACAGACAGCACAGAUGACGCUUUAAAAGAGGAUGAGAAAAGUGUUCACUUCAGUCUCUAUAGUAAUUUUCCAGAGAGGGAGGGCAAAGAAAAGGCCAUCUAUAUAAGACAGGACACGCCCUACGUGCACGGCAAGACAUUCUCUUACAGCGACAUUUACGGCUCCGUGGACUCUGAUUCAUAUUGUCAGGAGUCCGUAGACAAAGUGGAGAAGGACAGUGCGAAGGGUGGAGUGGAUUUGAAGAAACCCGAGCCUCCGUCCCCGGUAACAGCCGUGGAUAAGAUGUCAGAGAAGGAGGGAUUCACCGGCAAAGAUUCCUCCGCCUCACCGUGGCUCGACUCCAAGAGCACUCCUGCUGUGCCUCCGUUUGAAGACGUCAAAGCAAAAGAGACAUAUGAAUACAGCCCAGACAGCCGAUUCCCUUCAGUCGCCGAUAGACCCGAGGCCUCGACCACUUCUUUAUCAUCAGAAAAAGACGCCUCUUUUAAAAGCCAGACCGACGGCACAAAGCCUCAGACGUACUCCUCAAUGACGGCGUUUGAUGUAGACAUACCUGCCGCCCCAGGUUACGGCGACAAAGGAGCGUGUCUGGAGGUUGAUAUGCGAAAACUAACUGCAAAGGAUGAGGAGGAUUAUGACGAUGAUUAUGUCGAUGAAGACGAUGACGACGAGGAAGACGAAGAGGAGGACGAUGACGAAGGUGCUGUUGAUUCUGAUACGGAGAAAGGAGCCAAAGAGAAGUCUGAGAAGGAAGUGAAGAGUCCAAUCAGUGAAAUGUUUGGCUCAAAUAGGCCUGAGUUUAUGGUUUCUAUGGCUGGAUACGGAUAUAACAGCCAGGGGACGCCGGGCAGCUCUAGCUCGCUCGCAAAGGCCGAACACAAAGCUGAGACUGACUCCUUCGGUGGAAAGCCAACGGAUUUGGGAGCUACAGGUUUCUCUAGUUACUCCUCAGGAUUUGAGUACUCAUAUGGAAGUGGCGAGAAAGACUCGUAUUUAUCAAGUCAGACCACAGACAAAGGGAAAGAGGAUUUCAAAUCAACAGAGGACAGUUAUUACCAGAAUGACAGAGCUGAUCCUGAUUUUGAGAAACAGAAGACACCAGACCUUCUGAGCAAGAAAUCACUGGACUCAAGCUUUCAGUACACGACCACCGCCGCCCCUGGGUACUCCUCCUCCUCGGCCUACAGCUACUCCUCCUCCACCUCGGGCUCCCUCUCCACCAGCCGUCAGUUCGGAGAGGAACUGGGGACGCCUGCCGAGCCUCUCUUCGAGUACUCCUCCUUUAAAGAUGAACACUCGCUGGUCAUGGAUACUCCCUUCUCUGGCUCCGCUGGCGCCAAAGACGACUAUCUAGAAGUGUCUGAAAAACAGAUCACAGCCACAACCACGGCUGAGUCCACCUCCGGUUUAGCUCGCUUCUCACCUCUCAGCCCGUUCGAGGAGGUCAAAUCCUUCCCCUCGCUCUCUUCAUCUGCCUUCGCUGAGGACAAGAAGGAGCAUACGACUUCAGCAGGUGGAGUUACGGACAAAGGCCCUCAAUCGGAGUGCUUCUAUAAGCCUGAUUGGUCUGAAGGGUCCAAGCUGGACUCAGCUGUUGGGUUUGGGGCCUCAGCAGGACCGUUCGCUCCACCUGCAGAGCUCUCCAAGGACAAAGAGGCAGCUAGCGCCGCUCUGUUUGGUGUCACCUCCUCACCACGCCCUGAUAUAGAAGGCAAGCAUUACUUUGAGGAGACGGACAGCAGUGAAGAGGAGGACGAGGAGGCUUACAUGCGUGAGAUGACUCGGAGGUCUCCUUCCGGCGGCCUGGCUGGCAGCCUCUCGUUUUCUGACAAGCCCGUUUCUCCAGCUGCCAGUGAAAAGACAGCUGGUGCACUCCCUGAUGUUCUUGGCUCCUACAUGCCCUCACCUCUCCAGGCCAGCAAGCCGGACACAGUCAACGGCCCCACGGAGGUCAGCUCAAGCGUCACCCUCCCUGCUGGAGCAGCAGCGAGCGGUGCGGUGUCUUCAGGCCCACCCAAGGUGGAGCCCAGAGAGGGAGCAGCUUACAGGGGCUCCUUUGAGUGGGAGAUGCCAAAGCCCCAGAUGGGGAUGGUGCCCGGAGACUCCCCUCCCCAUUACCGCCACGAUGACGAGUUCGAAGAGGAGUGUGAGAUGGAGCCGGAGCACCCGGCCCGCCCGCUCUCACUCUCUUCAAACGAUCAACCGUUUCGCUCGCCGUUCUACGCUGAAGAGUGCAGCCGAGGAGGGCAGGAUGACGACGACGACGACGACAGCGAUCAGGAUCUUGCUGGCGAUGUGCCCAGGGGAGCCACCUCCUCUUAUACCAGCCGCAGCUCUCCUGGAUAUUCCUCCUCCGAGUACCGGCAGCCCAAACAGGACCUCUCACCGUCCUUCAUCAACCCAUGCAUGCGCCAGUUAUCCAGCGACGAGGAUGACGAGGAGCACGGACGCAGAAGCGACCAAUCGCAGGAGGCCGAUGAGCACGAUCUGUCGGUCAAGAGACGCGAUCACAAGCAGCCGCAUCAUCACAGCAGCUCUCUGCACCAAGCCGGAGGCAUGCCGGCAGGGCUGGGUCUGGCCACCGAGGACACACCGCCCACCUCCGUCAGCGACUCUUUAGGCUCGCAGUCAGACUCUGAUGCGCCUCCAGGAACCGAGGAAUACCCCUCGGUCACCGGCGAAGGCAACAUGGACUCAGAUGAGGAUGCAGACUACAUGCCCGUCGAUAAAAUAACUGCCUCUGGAGGAGGCGGCCAUCAUUCCUCUAAGAAGAGCAACGACCCUCCUCCUGCUCCGCUCAUGGACCCCUACCCUCACCCCCCACGCCCAGACGUGUGCAUGGUGGAUCCUGACACUUUGGGUAACGGCUUAGUUAAGAAGGAGCCGAAAACCAAGGGCUUAAAGAAGACUUCUGGGAAAACCAAAUCAGCAUCCCCGGCGAGGCGCAAGAGGUCUCCCAUGCCUGUCAAACAGACGCCGUCUCCUCGCAGCGCCUCGCUGAAGAAGAAGGAGGCGGACAAGAGCUCACGUAUGUCCCGUCUGUCAGAUGGACAGGGCUCCAAAGACGACGACCUCUCCAGGUCGAGCUACAACCCCGGCAAAGGGCUGACUAACGGUGUCAAGAGCAGUUCAGGCUCUCAGAAGUCCGGCUCUGCAGCUGCUCCCGGCCUUCCUAUUUAUGUGGACUUGGCCUACAUUCCCAACCACUGCAGUGCCAAGAACGUGGACCAAGAGUUUUUCAAACGCAUUCGCUCUGCGUACUACGUGGUGAGCGGGAACGACGCGGCAGGUGGUGAACCCAGCCGAGGAGUCCUCGAUGCACUGCUGGAUGGCAAAGCUCAGUGGGGAUCAAACCUACAGGUGACGCUGAUCCCGACCCACGACACGGAGGUGACCCGUGACUGGUACCAGCAGACUCACGAGAGGCAGCAGGAGCUCAACAUCAUGGUGCUGGCCUCCAGCAGCACCGUCGUCAUGCAGGACGAGUCUUUCCCCGCCUGCAAGAUUGAGUUUUAACUUAAGUCUGUCGUUUCCUCUCUCCCUCCCCUCCUCCUCCUCCUCCCGGCCUCCCCAGUGUGGAUCUGGUUUUAACUGCUCUUCUCUUUUAGCCCGAUAUGCAAAUCUGCCUCUGCUUUGGGCUCUUUACCGAAAGCAGAAACAGACCUGGAUAGCCGUCUUUUUUUUUUCUAAAUUUUUAUUCAUUUAUGUGCAUGUUGUCAUGGAAAAUCACCAUUUGUAUUACAAAAGGUAGUUUUCUGACAACUAUGUCCUCCAUUACAUUAUUAUUAUUAUUAUUAUUAUUAUUAUUUCUCCGUCCUGUGAAAGGGAGAGUUUUUAUUUCUGUUCCUUAAAUCGUCUUUUUCCCCCAAAAAAACCUGCGAGACAAUGAAGUCUUUGUUUAUUGGCCGAGACAAAACGCCCAUUUUGUAAAAAGUGAAGAGCGUCAUAUCGGAAACAUAACAUCGGUUGCUUGUCGUCUAAUUGGACUAAAUCAAAGCACAAGUUUGCGCACCUUAACGCCAACAAAAAAAUGAUUUUUCUUCCACUGAAUCCCAAAAAUCAUUCACAAUAAAGUUGAUCAGUUUAGACGAUAGAUAAAUCCUCAUUCCAGGCUAAUCGUGAUCUGCUUUACUUCCCUUUCUGUCUUUCUUCUAAAACAAUGACAGUCCCAGUGUUGAACUUUGUGCCUCCUACUGACAUAGUGAGAUAGAACAAUAUGUCUUUUGAGUAUAUUUGCUGUAGCAUAGGGAAGACCAUAUUCAGAAAUCUGUAUUGUAGUGAUAUUUCUACGGUUAUCUCGAUCGUCGCGGUAGGAACUUUCUCGGUGGCUGUUAUUUCUUACGGUGGAUUUGACGACUACGUUUCUCUCUAUAAUUGUUUCUGUAGUGUAUUUUUUCCAGUGUAUUUCCAGUACAACAUAUCGUUGCAGAGGAUCAUGAGGAGAACUGAAGGCAGAGGCGGUGAUACAAGUACAAAAAUCAUCAUCCUGAUCUUUGGAUUCUACCUGUUUCUAUAAAUAUUUACAUACAGAACAGCACUCAAAGCUCAUCGAGAGGGAAGUCGACAAACCUCAAACCUGCGUCUCAAAAGAUCUUUAUACAAAAAGCUGUGUUAAAGGACGAAGAAUGUAUUCCACUACAACAAUAGGAGCAUGUGGUUGCGAGAGAGAGAUUGUGUUAAAGGUGGUUGGUUGGAUUGAUGGUUAGAGGUUAGACUGUCACCCACAUGUGCCUUUCUGUCCUGCUGUGCCGGAAGGGGAAAUGUUUUCGUCGUAGUAAUUUAAAAGGUGGUUAGUUGUGUGUGUGUGCGGAACAUCCACGGCUCUGUGGCGGAGGGCUUCGGCGAGCUGGUCUCCUCUGUUGUUGUGAGUUUUUGUCGGUGAGAACGUCAGCGCACAAAAAAAAAAAAAAGGUCCGAGUUGUACAUAUUGAGCGUAAAAUGGCACUUUUAAAAAGCACCAACUCAGUAUUUCAGCCGUUAAGAUUUCCUGGAGCUGUCACUCGAAGAAGCACAAACAGUAACCACUCGUGUGCAAAACUUAAAGGGGACGUAUCAUGAAAAACUCACUUCUUCAGUGCUUGUGUUCAUACAUCGAGUAUCUGGAGCUCCUACCAACCCACAAACUGUGACACAACACAAUCCAGUCAGUUGUUUGUGGGCUGUUAAGAUCAGAAAACAUGUGAUUCAUUCAGAUUUGGUUCUGGCUAUAAAAGAUCUGUCUUGCAUAAAUAUGACGUCACGUUCUCGUUGUAAUCGGAGCGACUCGGGGAAAACAACACAGAAGGGACAAGACAAGACUGACGAAAUCAUGCAGGUUCACUAAAAAUUCCCUUCAGCUCCCUUCAGCUCCCUUCAGCUCCCUUCAGCUCCCUUCAGUGGGGCCUCCAGCAGCGACGAGCCCACCCUGUGACCCCGGAUUGACCAAAAUGGAGGUGGAGAGCUCGACGCCCGGCAGCAGUGGCUCCUCCUCCGGGCGAGGAGCAGAGCUUCUCCUUGCUGCUCCGCUGGUCCCCGCUGGGAGCCAACACCGACACCACGCUGCUAGAGGUCCAGGCCGUAUUGCUGGGCCCGCUGGAGGGAACGGGAAGGCGCAAGAGAACCAGAACCAGGACUGAGCAGGAUCAGACUGUCAGACCCUGCUGCAGUAAAAUGAGACGUUUUCUAAAGGGACUCUGGUGCUCGGAAACACUACACCACUUUAGUCCGUAGGGACCGCCAAAACCAACACAAAAUGAUAAUGAAAAUGAAGAUAAUAAAUAAUAACUAACCUUGAACUUUAGGACUAGAUGGAGAGAUUAUAUCUCCACACUGGCCUGGGAACACCUCGGGGAAGUUUGGGGUCUCCUGCUGGAGCUUUUGCCCCCGCAACCCAACCCCGGAUACGCAGUUGAAGAUGAGUGAGUGAGUGACCUUGAACUUGAUUCAUGACUUCAUUACAUUACUAGAACCUUAAUCUAAAACAAAUUACACACUGCAUUUAAAGUCAACCUUCCUACAAGUGUAGAGAUACAGGAUGCCUGCAGAACGUAAAUACAUGAACACCGAACACAAGACGGAUCCUUUCUAGCCAUAACCUUCAGAUUUGGCUCCCCUUCCUAUGUCACAUGUGUCACCAUAUUUUUCUCGCCAGCCAAUCAAAGCAGACCGGGCUUCUUAAAGAGACAGGCGCUAAAACGGAGCGUUUCAGACAGAGGGUGAAUACAGGUAUAUUCAGACAGACAGUACGAGGAAAAUGACGUGUUUUUUGAACAUUAAAUCAUGUAAACAUGUUCUAGUAGAAACCCAAACUUUAGCGUGAUAUGUCCCCUUUAAAGCGGUCUUAAAUUUAGCAACAUAAAAACGAACAAUUACAGCAUUUUGCACCGUUGUUUUUUCUUCUGGUUGCUUUUAAUUAUUGCAGAAAAUAUCUCAAAAAAUAUUUUUUAGCCACAAUCACCUCAACUUAAUGCAUCAUUUAAUCAUUUAAUUUCUUUCCUUUCUGUGGUAAAUCAGUGGAUGUUUUUUAAGUAUUAACUUAUUAUGUGUAGACGUGCUUUUAAUUUGAUAUUGAUGAUUUUAUAUUUUGAUAUAAGUACUUUAAAUAGAUUUUAACCAGGAACUAAACUAACUAUCCAAACAAAUUACAGGACCAACACGCCUCACCAGGGUUGCUAUUUUAUGAACCACAGUAAAAAGAAACUCCUCUGUAUGAUAUUUUACUGCAUGCACGACAGAUGCAUGUACAGACAUAAAGGCAUAAAAGCUCUUUAAAAUAAAAAAUAAAAAAACAAGCAGAGGGCUGCAGGAACCUCAGCGGCUCCGGCUGAUUUGAAUGUGAAGAUGCAGAUUACCUUUACGUUCUCCGUGGAGGACUUUUUGAUCUCCUGGUUGCCUUGGUUACCGUGCAUCAUAUGGUACAUCUGACUCAUCGGUCGCGGUGCAUCUCGACUCUGUGCAGGGAAGAAAACCCACCAAACAUUAUGAUUUCUGUCUCAGUAUGAUGUUACAGACAGUAGAGGAGGAGACGAUGUUGAGGUUCCUAUUUCCUGCUGAUUUAAAAAAAAUACCCACUAACGGCUCCUCUGAUGAAAAAGGGUUAACCGUGACGUCAGUGUUUUCCUGUUAAACCCGUCUCUGUCAAUGACAGCGUAAUCUGCAUUCCUAUUUAAUACUGCAUCACUGUAAAGGCUAAUAAUAACAACUCACAUAUGAGCAGACCACUCAAAACCCAGACUGCCAGACACUCCUGUCAAUACAUUUUUAUCUAUAGAGGAUUUCCUAUUAUUCACACUCUUUUCCAGACAAAGCUUAACACACACACACUCACACACACAUAACCGCUGCGUUUUCGUAUCGUGCAAAAAAUAAAUAAAAACUAUCUGUGUCAUUCAGACUCAUCUGCCGUGAAACAAAUCAUCAUAAAGACUGUUGGUUUCCAGUGAGCCCUGCUUGUAUACGUGCAUGUGUACCUUUUUGAGUUUUCUCCUGUAUUGUAAUAGCUGAAGAAAAAAAAACUGACUUAACAUAGAACUUUUAAAAAAGAUGUAUAUUUAAGAAGCUAAGCUGUGCGGUACUGAGGAGGCACAUGUAACCUGGCUGUGCUGCUGUGCUGUAAGGAAAGCCUUGUGAUUGUUUUCGUUUUUUCUUUCUCCUCCUUUUUCUGCUUCAUGGUUCUACUUUCAUCUCUUGUUUUAAGUGCAAUAUUCUCUUUAUCGCUCUUUAAAUGCUUAAAAAAGGUAAAAAAUAGAAAACAGAUUUAUUGUUGAAAAGGGAAAAAGUGUGGUGAAGACCAAUAAAAACAUAAUUUACUGAA